AUGGGUCCAUCUGAAAGACGCAAGCACGGGUUCCUUCGGGCCUUGGCCCCGAGAUUCAUGAAGAAAGGGUUUGAAGACCUGGGUUAUCUGUACAUAAAAAGCCACGUGAAUGAGGAAGAAAUGAAAGAGAAAAAGGCAUCACUGAAAGCUGAACUGGCUCUCUGGGAAGGUUAUCUGAAGGCAGCAGGAGGUGACUAUUUGACUGGCCAGGACUUCACAAUGGCUGACUGCAUCUUCUUCCCCGUCUUAGCCGUUAUGGUGCGUCUCGGCCUUGCACUGCGUCCGACCUUCCCGGAGCUGGGGAAGUAUUAUGAAACGGUCAGCAAGCGACCUUCCAUUAUGAAAACGUGGCCGCCACACUGGAAGGGAACGGAGGGAAAAAAGUGGCUGAAUAAUGUGUGCUGAAGUGAAGGAUAACAACAGACCAUUGCAAACAAAAAUGGUCAUUUUUGGUGCUAUUGUCAACACAAUAGUAACUUUUGUGAGACCUUAAAAUGGACGCAAAGGCGCUUCUUAGAUUGUUGUAUCUAUUUUAUCGAAAUGAUCUAACCAAGUCCCAUAGCGGACGCCAUAUUGGAUUAGCAGCCAUAUUAGAUUUUAAUCCAGCGUUAAAGACUAAUAAUACAUUAUGCUUCAGUAUCACAGACACACUGUUUUCUGCUAGUAAAUCACGUCUAAAAAGUAAUGAAAGCAUACGUUCUCCAUUUGGCAUGCUUGUUGCAGCCAUUUUGAGAAAAGGGUCGCUGAAUCGCUAGGUACUGGCGCUACUAACAAUCUUUUCAGCAAUCUGGCCAAGAUUCUUGCUAAUUGAAUUGUUAUGAAAUGUAUUGCAGGAGGUCAUAUAUAAUAAAAUCUAUAUCUAAACGUA